AUGGCUUCCGGAACAUAUCUCAACUGGCCGGCUGCCAAAGUGCGCCAGGAGUUCUUCAACUACUUCCAGUCCAAGGACCACACAUUCGUACCCUCCUCAUCCACCAUUCCUUAUGACGACCCUACGCUGCUCUUCGCGAAUGCGGGCAUGAAUCAGUACAAAUCCAUCUUCCUUGGCACUGUGGAUCCCCAGUCCGAGCUUGCGAGAUUGAAGCGUGCCUUCAACAGUCAGAAGUGUAUUCGCGCAGGGGGAAAGCACAAUGAUCUGGACGACGUUGGCAAGGACUCGUAUCACCAUACGUUCUUCGAGAUGCUGGGCAACUGGUCCUUCGGGGAUUACUUCAAGGUAUCUCUUGACGGGAUCUACAAGUUGCCCAAGGACCAGCUGUAUGUCACGUACUUCGAAGGUGACCCCAAGAAUGGUCUGGCACCCGACACUGAGGCGCGUCAGUAUUGGCUCGAUGAAGGCGUGGCAGAGGAUCACAUUCUCCCGGGGAAUGCAAAGGAUAACUUCUGGGAAAUGGGCGCCACUGGUCCGUGUGGGCCGUGUAGUGAGAUUCAUUUUGAUCGCAUUGGGGGCCGUAACGCUGCGCAUUUGGUCAACCAAGACGACCCAGAUGUGCUCGAGAUCUGGAACAACGUCUUCAUUCAAUUCAAUCGCGAGGAGGAUGCCUCGCUAAGGUCGCUCCCUUCCAAGCACGUCGACACCGGUAUGGGCUUCGAACGGCUCGUCUCCGUCAUUCAAAACAAGCGCUCCAACUACGACACUGAUGUUUUCUCGCCGAUCUUUGCGAAGAUCCAGGAGUUGACGGGCGUGCGCCCAUAUCAGGGCAAAUUUGGUGAUGAGGAUGAGGAGGGCAUUGACACGGCGUACCGGGUUGUCGCGGACCACGUCAGGACGCUUACAUUUGCACUCAGCGACGGUGGCGUUCCCAAUAACAUCGGCCGCGGCUACGUCCUUAGGAGAAUCCUCCGAAGAGGCUGUCGGUACGCCCGCAAGAAGCUUGGCGUGCAGAUUGGUUCCUUCUUCUCGUCGUUGAUGCCCGCUGUUGUUGAGCAACUCGAGAUUCUGGAUGAGGAAGAGGAGUCGUUCUCGCGUACUCUGGAUCGGGGAGAGAAGAUGUUUGAUACUGGUCUGAAGCAACUCUCGGGCCGGGAUGUAUGGCGGUUGUAUGACACGUAUGGCUUCCCCGUCGACCUCACGCGCCUGAUGGCGGAGGAGCUUGGUCUGGACAUCAACAACGAGGAGUUUGAGGCGGCACAAGCGCACUCGAAGGAGGCGAGCAAAGCCAAUCAGAAGAAAGGCGACAAGGACACCGUGAAACUUGACGUUCACGACAUCGCCAACCUGGAGAAGACACUCAGCAUCCCCAAGACCGACGACACUGCAAAGUAUCAGCUCGGCAAUAUCACUGCUCGCGUCCUGUCAAUAUACUCAAACAAGACCAUCGUCGACUCGACCGCAUCAAUACCUGAAGACACCAACUUCGGCAUCCUCCUCGACAGGACCAGCUUCUACGCGGAAUCCGGUGGACAGGAGUAUGACACUGGUAGCAUCGUCAUCGACGGCGUGGCAGAGUUUGAAGUGUCGAACGUGCAGGUCUUCAGUGGCUAUGUCUUGCACAUCGGCCACAUGAAGUAUGGGACACUCAAGCUUGGCGACGAAGUCGUCUCUAGCUAUGAUGAGCUCCGACGUUGGCCCCUGCGAAAUAACCACACCGCAACGCACAUCCUCAACUACUGCCUUCGUGAGGUUCUGGGUUCCUUGGUCGCACCCACCAAGCUCCGCUUCGACUUCUCGCACAAGGCACAGAUCGCGCCAACGGAACUGUCCAAGAUCGAGUCCAUGGGCAAGGACUGGAUCACCCGGAACGUCAAGGUGUUCAGCAAAGAGGUUGCCUUGAAGACAGCGCAAGAGAUCUCCGGCCUGCGCGCUGUCUUCGGCGAGUCGUACCCCGACCCCGUACGGGUGGAGAUGACGAGCGACCUGCACAGCCCGAAGUGGCGGUCUACGAGCGUCGAGCUGUGCGGCGGAACACUUCGUGUGACAGAAGAGUCGGGUAUUGCCAAGGGCAUCCGGCGUAUCACUGCAGUCACCGGGCACGAGGCUGCAGAAGCUCGAAGGGUCGCAGACGCCAUGACCGCGAGAAAGGACGCUGGUUUGAAGAGCUUCACUUUGGAGCUUGGCCAGGCUGACAUCUCCGUUCUCCGGAAAGCUGAGCUCCGGGAUCGUCUGGCAACGGUGCGCAAGGCGUUCGACAAGGAGACAAAGGAGAAGGAGGCCAAGGCUAACAAGGCCGCUAAGGAUGCCGUCCAGGAGUACUUCCAGAACAACAAGGACUCGGAGGCUUACAUCGCGAUCGUUGACAACGCGAAGGUCUUGUCCAACAUUGUUCACGAAGGCAGGAAGCUUGGCAAGACGAUCUAUGUGAUGAGUCCCGAUCCGUCGAGUGGGAAGGUUGCGCACGUCAACUUCGUGUCUGAGGCGGCCAAAGCGAAGGGCCUCGAUGCUCACCAGUGGGCUGCUACCGUGACGGAGCUUAUUGGGGGCAAGGCCGGAGGAAAGGCGGAUAGCGCGCAAGGUUCCGGUGUCAACGUUGAUAAGACUGAGGAUGCGCUCGAGGCUGCUCGGAACUAUUUCGUAAAACAGACGGGAUUGACGGUAUAA